UAGCGGCCCAAUUCGAUUUUCCCCAAGCCGCUACCUUUAUCCAUCCGCGAGCGGUCGAGUCUCCGCCGCCGCCGCCUUCCAUUCUCGCGGAGAUACAAGCACACGACCAUGGAUCAGAUCUCGCACGCGCCGUGCCUGUCUCGCCCCCUUCCCUUCCCUCCACUGUCCUCCGCCCUCCACUGCCGUAGCUAGUAGAAUACCGGCCACACCUCUCUGCUCUCUCCGUUGCUCGCGGCACUUCGAUCUUGGAGGACGAGGCAGCUUGAGGCAUGAAGCUUUGUGCAAACGGCGACGUGUUCGUGGUGCAGUGUUGCCGGCAAGGUCAAGGAUGCUGCGGCCGCGCGCUCAAGGCCAUGCUGAUCGUUAGGUGCAGCGCCACAAGCACCUCACGGGAAGUUUGACUCUCAUCGGAAAGUGUUUCCUUUGUUUUUAUUUGUUGCAAGACUUUGUUCCUAUCGUCCCUCACAAAUUUUCCCCUUUUCUUCUCUUUACCUUUUCUCGAGCUGGGAAUUUCUUAGCUGCUACUUGUGCUGGGUUCAUGCUAACUUGUGCUUCAUCCCGCCUUGCUCAUUGCUUGGCCAGCUGGCUGACUUUGCCCUCACGCUGUUGCUGCUUGUGCGGCCUGCCCGCUUCACCCACCGUGUCCUCGAAGCCCCUCCCUUCUUAGCUCGCGAGCCAAACCGAGCUGGCUCGAGCUGCAAACGAGCCGAGCCGAGCUGCGCCUUGUGCUCGUUUUGAUAACAGCCGAGCCAAGCCAGCUCGUCCGAGCCCUGGCUCGAUAUCCAACCCUACAUGCGAGCAUUACUUAUGUAAAUUGUUUGUUGGCGUAUAUUGCCGUGCUUGGAAUAAAAUUCAUAUGACUUAGUGUCACUAUGCAUUGCAUUCUUUUAGGGAGGUAAAAAGAUACACCACUCCUUUUUUUAUAUGCUAGGUCGCACCUCUUAGAUGUUUGGCCGGUCGAAAGACUCUUUACAACCAAUUAAUCAAGAGUGUGCAGAGAUUUUUCUCAAUAUCAUUAAAAUUAUAGCACUUCCUUCAUUGCUAUCCAAAUAUUUUCACUGCCAUUGUUUCAAAUUUCCUAUUGCACUAAGUCAUGGAAGAAUGUUAAAAGUGCAAAAUAUACUACUAGAUGAGUUGGAAGACAGAAAUGAUUAUACUCCAUUAAGAAAUCUUUUUUGAAGGCUCCAUAUAUCUCAUGUUCUCAGCUCUCGUAUACUCUCUCUUACAAAAUAGUAUGCUCUCUCCUGCAGCAUAGGCGUGUUUAGUUGCUAAUAUAAACUUUACGUGCACUAGUAGAUCCGUAUAAACUCGCAGAGCCGAGUGCUGUUUGUCUGCAUGAGCGGAUGCAAAAGUACACCCUGAUGUGAUGCAUACCUCUAAAUUGACUGCCUCCAUUUAUGCAUGCUCAAUAAAUGCACGGCAUCUGCUUUGAGCCCACCCACUCGUUAGUCUCAUACGUUUAAAUUGACUGCCAAACACCAACAUUUCACAAUCACUAAAUCCACUCAAUUUGCUUUAUCUCAUUUAGGUUAUACGAUGCAAGUUUAUAAAAUCUUAUGCAAACAACAACGAGAACAUCUCUAGUAUUACCAGCGGUUAGGUGUUACCGUGUUAUCAAAUACGUUGACAAUCCUAUAUGUGUAUCUAAAAUUCCAACAAAAAUAUGAAUAGAUAGAGCAUGCAAGCAUCUACUGUCAUGCAAAAUUUAUGAUGCAAUUAAAACUUGUACAAUGAAAAAUAAAAAAGAGAAAUCAGCCUGUGAAUAGUAGCGGAUUACGGAUCUGAAAUGAACAGUUUCAACGUGUUAUAUCGAUACACUGAUUUUACUUUUUUUUUUGCAUCCUGUACAAGUUUCCGCUGCAUCUCAAUUUUUGCAUAAGUGAAGGGUAUUGUUUCGUUUCUCGACUUGAGAUACUUACUUUUGGAAAACAACAAAAAUAAAACCACCGGGAUUGGCAUAAAGAAAAGGGCCGAGGAACGACCGAACGAGACAGGAGAAACCACAAACAGCACCGAAGAAACCACACCGUGACGAUACCAUGACACGCUCUGACUCUGCCAUCCCAUCCCAGUUCCCCGACUCCCGAACCGCGAAAACCGAGCCGUCGAGCAGAUUCGAUUGGGCAGAUGGGCGUGCAGGAACCCCCGCGCCCGAGCUCCCGAAGCGGCGUCGGAUCUUUUCCUCGUGCGGCGCCAGCAUCAGGAACAAUGAAUCGUCAUGAUCCACGUCGCCGAAGCCCGCAAACAGCAACGGUGGCAGCAGCAUCGAUCAGAAGCCGCUUGAGGAGGAGAAUCCGCGCCCACGCCCGCCGCCGCCUGCGAGGUGAUUCUCCCAAUCCGAGCGGUUCGUCUCGCCCUCUGCCCUGCCGCCCAACAAUUAGCACCCGUCCUGGCGCGUUCGUUCUCGUCUGGAUUCCUACCUGCUCGGCUAGUUGUUCCUUGGGUUCCAAAUCCGCGGGGGUUAAUUAAGACGGGGAACGGUUGGUGGUGUUAGUUUGAAUUCUAGUGGGGUUAUUUUUUCGAGAUUCGGUAUAAUGCUUGUUUGACCGGAUUGGAUUGGGACGGGAGGCUCGCAUGCGAUUCGCAGAUCGCCACCGCACCUGCGCCCUCGCAUUGCCGUCGAUAUUCUGGUUGGGGGGAUUCGCGGAGAAAUUAGGGCUCCGUCCUCUCUCGCCCUGCAGCUUUACCCUUCCUUCCUGUCCAAAAUCGAAUCCCAUCUGCUCCUGGUCUCCAGGUUGCGCUGCCGCCGGCGUCCUUGCAGCCCUGGGUUCAGUGUUGGCAUGAGCUGAGGUCCAGGAGCUAGUUAUUCCUUCGGCCAUGUCUCAAAUCCAGAGCACCUCGCGACAGAACUGCGUGCUCCUUGCCAUUCGAUGUGGGAGGUUCGCCGAGAAGCAGCAGACGCCAGCUCGCCUGGUGCCUGAGCCGAAGCGUGUGCGUCCAUCCUACCCCUUCCCGGAGCUCGUCUCCUGUGGGAGAUUGGAGGUGCACACGCUGAUCAAUCCCUCGGUGGAGCAAUUUAGAGAGGUGCAGCAGGCGGUGCAACCUAACUUGUUGUAUCUUCAGGGGCAGCAGCUAGAGAAUGAGGAGAUAGGUUCACUCGUCUGGGGCGAUACUGAUUUAUCUGACCCGCAGACAUUUAGCUCACUCAUCAGCCCACCAUUUCCGACCAUAGUUUAUUUGGAAGUUCCCAUAGGGGGAAAGCUUGCCCAGUCACUUCAUUCAAAGGGGAUACCAUAUGUGAUAUAUUGGAGGAAUUCAUUUUCAUGUUAUGCAGCAUCUCAUUUUCGCCAGGCAUUAAUAUCAGUCAUUCAAAGGUAUCACCAUCAUAAAUACAUUAUUGGUCUGUGCCAUUUUUUUAUUUCACAUCUAACAUUUGGGUAUUCUGGAUGUAGUUCCUGCAGCCAUACAUGGGAUGCAUUUCAACUUGCACAUGCCUCGUUUCGACUAUAUUGUGUAAGAAAUAAUUAUGUAGAAAGUGUUAAGCUUGGCCCUCGCCUACUUGGGGAUGCUCCAAAAAUAAAUAUCAUCCCUGCUGAGAAUGAUGUGGAUGAGGAAGAAGGUUGUUCUGAAGCUUUUCUGGCUAUAAAAAUAUAUGACGAAGAUGUGAACAUGAAAUUUCUUGUCUGUGGAGUGCCAUGCACCUUGGAUGCAUGUUUGUUGGGCGCACUGGAGGAUGGUUUGAAUGCUCUGUUGAAUGUUGAGAUUCGUGGCAGUAAACUUCAAAACCGAGUCAGUGCUGCUGCUCCGCCUCUACAAGCUGAAACUCUUUCACAUGGGGUUGUUACAAUGCGCUGUGAUAUCACAACUUGCAGUUCUUCACAUGUGUCACUUCUUGUUUCUGGUAGUGCUCAAACUUGUUUUGAUGAUCAGCUUUUGGAGAGCCAUAUCAAGAAUGAAAUUAUUAAGAGCCAGCUAGUUCGUGCUCUAUCGAAUGGUGAUGAUAAUAAGUCAUCUUCAGCUGAGCCUUUGCCGUCCAUGUGCUUGGCUUGUGGAGCUUCUACUUUUGAAGUCUGGAUGACCCUGCCUAAAUGGGCAGCACAGGUUUUGAAACAUCUUGCACCAGAAAUCUCUUACAGAAGCUUGGUUGCACUUGGAAUUGCUUGUGUAAAUGGCACACCAGUGUCUUCAUUUGACAGGCAGGAUGCAGAUCGUCUUAUUUUCUUUUGCUCUAACCAGUGCAAAGAUCAAGCGAUUCAAAACGCUCCAUGUGCCCAUCUAUCAAGAUGGUCAGCCUCCCUUACUAAGGAUAGAUUCACUGGAAGUCUCGAGUCAAAACAAAUUUCAUUUGACGCAAAUGGAGUUAGAGAGGAUAAUAAGCAUCUUACUGAAGGGUCUUCUCUUUCAUCCUUGGAGCCAAGGUUAAAGCCUGCAACAAUGAGACCCCUUCCCCACUCUCCCAAGCAACAAAUGCAUCUCUUUAUGGGUUUAUCUCAGUCUACCAUUCAUGAUGCUAGUCAAGUUAAGCCUAGCUUGCCAGCCCCUCCACCUGUAAAGCAUAGUGUGUUACCUGUUGUCCCAGCUACUCAAAGAAAAUCAUCAUAUGGGCUGCCGCGUGUUAAACCAUCAGUUCCAUUGAAUCCUCUACCAAUGAAGAAGCAUGGGUGUGAUCGGUCACCUAUCCGUAUUUGCUCUGAAGAAGACUUCUUGAAAGAUGUCAUGCAGUUUCUACUUCAGAGGGGCCACACCCGACUCGUACCUCAAGGUGGACUGGCUGAAUUUCCUGAUGCAGUAUUAAAUACAAAGCGCCUUGAUUUAUAUAAUUUAUACAAAGAGGUGGUAUCCCGAGGUGGCUUUUAUGUAGGCAACGGCAUAAAUUGGAAAGGUCAAGUCUUUUCAAAGAUGCGCAACCAUACAGUUACAAACAAAAUGACGGGUGUAGGGAACACACUAAAGAGGCAUUAUGAGACAUAUUUGCUGGAAUACGAACUUGCACACGACGAUGUUGAUGGGGAGUGUUGCUUGAUUUGCCACAGUAGUGCUCUAGGCGACUGGGUGAACUGUGGGUUAUGUGGAGAAUGGGCCCACUUUGGCUGUGAUAGACGACAAGGGCUGGGCACUUUCAAGGACUAUGCGAAGACAGAUGGGUUGGAAUACAUUUGCCCCCAGUGUAGCCUUGCGAAAAGCAAAAAGCCACCACUGCCCGUUAGAGUCGGCAAUGGCUUAGCCGCCUCUGGACCACGAAUUGUAAAUUAACUUACGUUAUUUUUCUUUUCCUUUCGCCUUUUGUCCCACUUUUUUUGGGGGUGAUGAUUUGGGUAGAUAAUAUUGGCCAAGCAUGUGUAGUGUUGAUUUGUGUUAUCAUGUGUAGCUCACUAGCUUGUAAUCAUUGGCAGCUCAUGAACUUCAAAAUUUUGUGACCAGGCACCUGUUCUAAGGCGGGUCUGCCCUUUUCACAAAGACAAUGUUUUUCGAGUUAGUUUGAGGCUUCCUGGCUUUCUAUCAA